AUGCAAUUUCUUCGGAAUCUUAACCAAUUACAAUACGCAUAUCUAUCUAUCUAUCUAUCUAUCUAUCUAUCUAUCUAUCUAUCUAUCUAUCUAUGUCCUUUCUUUCUUUCUUUUUUAAAUAACAACGUUUACCGGCCUAUGAAAUUUCUCGUAUCUAUCUAUCUAUCUAUCUAUCUAUCUAUCUAUCUAUCUAUCUAUCUAUCUAUCUCCACCCUCUCUUUCAGGAGAUUUUUUGUCUAUUUUUCUUUCCUUGUCUUCGUUUAUUUGUUUCUGUCAAAUCUGAAAUCCUCUUUCUUUCUUUCUUUCUUUCUUUCUUCUCCCAUUACCCUUUCUUUCUUUCUUUCUUUCGUUCUUUCUUUCUUUCUUUCUUUCUUUCUUUCUUCUCCCAUUACUCUUUCUUUCUUUCUUUCUUUCUUUCUUUCUUUCUUUCUUUCUUCUCCCAUUACACUUUCUUUCUUUCUUUCUUUCUUUCUUUCUUUUUCUUUCUUUCUUUUCUUUCUUUCUUUCUUUCUCCCCAUUACUCUUUCUUUCUUUCUUUCUUUUUCUUUCUUUUCUUUUCUUUCUUUCUUUUCUCCCAUUACACUUUCUUUCUUUCUUUUCUUUCUUUCUUUUUCUUUCUUUCUUUCUUUCUUUCUUUUUCUUUCUUUACACUUUUUCUUUCUUUCUCCUCCUAUUACACUUUCUUUCUUUCUUUCUUCCUUUCUUUUUCUUUUCUUUCUUUCUUUCUUUCUUUCUUUCUUUCUUUCUUUCUCCCAUUACUCUUUCUUUCUUUCUUUUCUCCCAUUACUCUUUCUUUCUUUCUUUCUUUUUUUUCUCCAUUACUCUUUCUUUUCUUUCUUUUUCUUUCUUUCUUUCUUUCUUUCUUUCUUUCUUUCUUUCUUUCUUUCUCCUCCUAUUACUCUUUCUUUCUUUCUUUCUUUCUUUCUUUCUUUCUUUCUUUCUUUCUUUCUUUCUUUCUUAAAUGCAAUCUUUUCAAUCAUUGAUCUUUCGUUCUUUCUAUUUAUAUCCAUUUUCAUGUUUUCUUUCUUUCUUUCUUUCGUACUUUAUUUCUUUCUUUCUAUCAAUAUCAUUUUUACACAUUCUCCAUUCUUUUUUCUUUCCCGCUUUCUUUCUUUCUUUCUUUCUUUCUUUCUUUCUUUCUUUCUUUCUUUCUUUCUUGUUCCACUUUGUCUUUCGCCCUUUCUUUCUACCAAUACACAUUUUCACACAUUUUAUCAUUCUUUUUUCUUUAUUUCUAUCAAUAUUCAUUUCCACGCAUUAUCCGUUCUUUCUUUCUUUCUUUCUUUUAAUAUCCAUUUUCUUUGUUUCUUUCUUUUUUUCAUAAAUUUUUAUUCUUUUUCUUUCUUGUCUCACUUUGUCUUUUUUAAUUCUUUCAAUAUUCAUUAUCUCACAUUCUUUCUUUCUUUCUUUCUUUCUUUCUUUCUUUCUUUCUUUUCUUUCUUUCUUCUGCCAUUACUCUUUCAUUCUUUCUUUCUUUUUUUCUACUGUCAAAGUUACAUAAUCAACGCGUUCUCCCUUUCUCUUUCAAUAAGAGUGUCUUUCUUUCUUUCUUUCUUUCUUCAUUUUCACACUUUCUACUUUCUUUCUUGCUUUUUUCUUUCUUUCCAUAAAUAUUUAUUUUCACAUUUCUUUCUUCAUUUUCACACUUUCUUUCUUCACUUUUUCUUUCUUUCCAUAAAUAUUUAUUUUCAUAUUUUCUUCUGUCUUUCUUUCUUUCUUUCUUUCUUUCUUUACCUUUCUUUCUUUCUUUACCUUUCUUUCUUUCUUUCUUUCUUUCUUUCUUUCUUUCUUUCUUUCUUCUAA